GUUAGCGGACAGUUCAAUACGAAGGAGAAACGUAAGUGUAGUUAAGCUUAGCAGCAAAUAUACUCCCCAGCCACUGUUGAAGGCGGUCGGACGGCGAAAACCAAGCCACACGCAGAGCUAGCUCCAUGGACGUUCCAGGGAAUAGACCGGUACUGCACGAUGGUGCCGAUUACGGGAUAACAGAGUCGUUGAGCGGAUCUAUAGAUGAUCAAGGGGCAAUUGCGCCGGCAGCACAGGAAGGGGACGAAGAAGAAGAUGAAUCCCUGAUAACAGAGUCGUUGAGCGCAUCUAUAGAUGAUCAAGGGGCAAUUGCUCCGGCAGCACAGGAAAGGGACGAAGAAGAUAAAUCCCUGAUAACAGAGAUCCUAACAAUUUCUCCGGCCAAGUCGCUGGACACUAGGGUGGCGUGCCUGAUUGCGUGGGCCAGCGACGACAUCGACCGCGUGAAUUAUUUCGAACCAAGCAUGGUCCGCAUCGGCCCAUUCCACCGCCAGGAUCCAUCUCAACAAUCAGCUGACAGGAUGGAGCAGAAGAAGAAGCGGGUACUCCCGGGCUUGCUCGCCAGCAACGAACAAGACGAAGCAGGACGUCGAGAGGAGCUGAGGAGCCACCUGGAAGCCAUGGAGAGCGUGGAGCGCGUUGCACGGCGGUGCUACAACAGGAGCUUCGGCUGGAUGACGAGCAAGGAGUACGCUCACAUGCUGCUGCUGGACGGCUGCUUCCUCUACUCACGCUUCGUCUCCGCCGCCGGCAUCGGCGACGACAUCGCCGUCGACCGCGACGUCAUCUUCCUCCUGGAGAACCAGAUACCUUUCUUCGUCCUGGAGGAAAUCCACCGGCAGUUAAUCAAAACCGGAAGAGUCCAGGAUACCAGUCCAGGUGCAGUCCUCGAUGAGGUCGCCAAGCGCGUCCGACGAGUGCUGCAGCGCAAUAACUACAUCGCACUCGGCAAUGUUAACGUACCAUCGUCGCAUCCAUCUCCAUGCCAUCUUCUCCACCUGCUCUACAUGUACUUCACGCCUACUCUCGGGAGGGUCCCUGCCACUCCAGCGCCUGCAGGUCGACCAGGUUCAAUUGCUUGGUUCAUCAGCAUCGUCGACACCAAUGGCAACCGAGCAGGGCCGCCGUUGCAGGGGCAACCUACCAACAACAACAACAACAACAACACUAGUGACCCCGUACUGCCCCAGGUUCGUUGGCGCACGGCGACACAGUACUACGCCGCCGGUGUGGGGUUCGUCAAGCGGAAGCUCGGCGACCAAGGGGCGCGCUGCAUCCUGGACGUGGAGCUCACUGUCGGAUGGCUCACAGGAGGCACGCUCCACGUCCCUUGCCUGACCAUCGACAUCAACACCUUCAGGAUGCUGCGCAACAUGGUGGCCCUGGAGCAGAAGAGCCUGCAGCAGACGUCUCAGAGUUCCCACGUCACCGCCUACUGCCUCUUCUUGUCGCAGAUCGCCGGCACCAAGGAGGACGUGGAGCUGCUCGUCUCCAAGGGCAUCAUCGCGCAUCUGCUCAGGAGCAUCGACGACGUCGCCCAAGGCCUCGCGGGGCUCUGCAGCGCCGUCGUCUUUGACGUCGACAACCCGGACCUCAACUACCUCAGUUCCAAGCACAAGGCGCUUGAGCCGCUCUACCACAGCAACUGGGGGAGGGCCAUUGCGUGGCUGUGGCACGUCAAGUGCGAUAACCCUUUGAAGGCGCUGGCAGUCCUGGCUGCUGUUGUCGUCAGCAUAGUCACCGUGCUGCAGUUGGUUUUUGCAGGACUCAGCUACGGCAGAGGCAACUAAAGUUUCUUAUUGGGACACAUACUGACAAACAUGACCAGAGAAACUCUUAAGCUAUCUCAUUUGCAAUUGCACCUUGGCACACUUGAAAUUGCUAAAGUAAAAGCACUGCAAUUGAAAUUUAAA